CCGACCUGAACGUCUAGAAAUGUAGACCCAGGAAGCCGCAACAAGAAACCUUAAUGUCUGCUGCUCUGUCAUCGCCUUACCGACACUAAUUGUCGCUUCGUGUCCACCGCGGACGGAGGAGAUGUGGACGCCGAUCAGACACACGGAUCUUCUGGCAUCGCUACCGGCGGGCUGGGCGACAGUGAUGGUGCGGUAGUUUGAUUCUCUCCGACUCUGAGGCGUCACGUCCCAAUCAGACAUCCAGAUACGAGACCAGCAUCUUUAUAAAUUUCAAAAUGAGGAUCUUCACGUUUCUGCUGAAAAACAAUAACCCCAAAAUCGAGUAUUACUCCCGAUUUUCACCAUCUCCGCUCUCCAUCAAGCAGUUCCUGGACUUUGGCAGAGACAAUGCAUGUGAGAAAACAUCCUACAUGUUCCUGCGUAAGGAGCUGCCGGUGCGACUGGCCAACACCAUGAGAGAAGUCAACCUGCUACCCGAUAAGCUGCUCAGCCAGCCCUCAGUCAGACUGGUCCAGAAGUGGUACAUGCAGAGCUUCGUGGAACUGCUGGAUUUUGAGAACAGGAAGGCAGACGACCCUCACACUCUGAAUGAUUUUCUGGAGAACUUGAUCGACAUCCGAAACCGCCACAACGACGUCGUCCCCACCAUGGCUCAGGGGGUCAUCGAGUACAAGGAGAAGUUUGGUUUCGACCCCUUCAUCAGCAGCAACAUCCAGUAUUUUCUCGACCGCUUUUACACCAACCGCAUCUCUUUCCGCAUGCUCAUCAACCAGCACACUCUGCUGUUCGGUAACGACACCAACCCGGCCCAUCCCAAGCACAUUGGCAGCAUCGAUCCCACCUGCAACGUGGCCGAGGUUGUUAGUGAUGCCUAUGACACUGCCAAGAUGUUGUGUGAGAAGUACUACUCAGCUGCUCCCGAGCUAAAGAUCGAGGAGUUCAACAUGAAAGCUCAGAAGAAGCCCAUCCAGGUGGUCUAUGUCCCCUCGCAUCUGUUCCACAUGUUGUUUGAGCUCUUCAAGAACUCGAUGAGAGCGACAGUGGAGCUUUAUGAGAACAGCAAGGAAGGCCUGCCGCCAGUGAAGGCAAGAGUCACUCUGGGAAAAGAGGAUCUGUCAAUAAAGAUCAGUGAUAAAGGAGGAGGAGUUCCUCUGAGGAAGAUAGACCGUCUCUUCAACUACAUGUACUCCACUGCCCCGACGCCCAGCCUGGAGCCAGGAGCCGUCCCAUUGGCUGGUUUUGGUUACGGUUUGCCUAUUUCCCGGCUCUAUGCUCGAUAUUUUCAGGGGGACCUGAAGCUCUACUCCAUGGAGGGGGUGGGGACAGAUGCUGUCAUCUAUCUGAAGGCUCUGUCCAGUGAGUCCUUUGAGCGCCUCCCUGUUUUCAACAAGUCAGCUUGGCGGCACUACAAGACGAGCGCUGAGGCGGACGACUGGAGCAACCCCAGCAAAGAGCCCCGUGAUGCCAGCAAGUCCUCAUACAAAGCCAAAAGAUAACUCCGCCUGGCUUGCGAGCACAGCUCCCCCUGCUGGGAGCCAGAAUGGCUGCUCUCUGUUUGGAGCAUGAACGCUAAAAUGCUGCCUGUGGGUAAAAGAUUCGUUUAGGCCUGCUUUUACAUCUGAUGGUGAGAGGUUUCUGUUUGGGGAUCGGGACCUGAAUUUAGAAUUUCCACCUGACUGCAAUAACCUUUAUUAGCAUAGCUUCUAUUAUUGUGAUCCAGAGCAGAGUUGAAAUGAAACCCCCUCUAUAUUGUAGAUGUAAAUCCUAGCAAUUUCUUUAUUGAUUUAGGACAAAUAUUGACGUCAGGUCCUCUUGUUAAAUUCCUAGAAUCACCUCUAUGUUUCUGUCUUGUGUCAUGCAGUGUUCUGGCCACACUGUUGUUCCCUGUGGCUAGAUAAGCUGUACUCUGCUGAUAGAGUCUGUAAAGGCUUGAAUUCUCUUCCUUUCUCUCAGAACACAAGGGGGGGUAAGGAUGGAGUUUCAGUGCAAACUAGAAAAGGGGGGAGAUUUUAUUCCCUUUGAUUCAAUGCACCACUAGGCCAGUUUGUUAUUUAAGUGGCAAAAACUUGUUUUGAUUGCACUUUUUAAAAUAUUAGGGUUAGAUGUUAAAAUAUUUAUAAAUUAGGAACAGUAGCACCUUUAAAAAAAAAAAAGAAAAAAAAAAGGUAGAACAGGCAAUGCUUUAUAGAUUACAUGAUGUUUUAUUUAAGACUCUAGAAGUCGGGACCUUUGUGUUUUAUUUAUGAAAAAAGAAGCCUUAUUUAUGGAAACUUAUGGUAUGUUUGGUGUUUUUUGAACUCCGCCUUCAAGGCUCUACCAGAACUCAACCAAUUUUAAAGGGAGGUGGCAUAUACAUAUAAAAGUGGUCUGAAUUUUUUAUUUUAUUUUACUGGUUUAGCUUUAUUCUUUUUUUAUUACGCUGCAACAGAGCAUAAAUCAAAGUACUAACCCUUAUCUAACACUCCUGCUUGCAGCCCUCAUGUAACAGCUACUAAAAUGUCCAAAUGAGUCAUGUAUAUGAUGACAUUGCUGAGUAGCAUCACCAACGCCAGCAAGAUUUAAUGUACUAACCUUGAUGGAAAGAAAUGGAGCUGUGGUGUCUGAACGAAGGAAUGCCGUUCUGCACGUCUUCAUUUCAUGCCGCUGUGGAGGAUAAACAACCUGCUCACUGCUUGGACCUGUUAUCCUAACUCUGCUCUUUGCAUCAUCCAGUCAGCCUCGUGUUUCACUUGAAUGAUCCUUACAGUCUUCUAAAUGAGUUUGAACAAAGUUUGUAAAUUUCAAUUAUACUGUUUUGUUUUGUUUUUUUAUGACGCGUUCAAGUAAAAUAGAAGUUUCAGCUUUAGUUGAACUGUUUUAUGAUAUUUUAGUGACUUUUUUAUGUUAUAUGUACGGUAUGUUAUCUUUUAUGUUUGAAAGAAAAGUCAUAAGGCACACAAAGAUUAGGAGAAGCUAUAGUGGAAAAAUAUGAUCAAAAGAGUUAAGACUAGAUUCAGAGCACUAGAUGAAGUCUUUUCGCUUUUCCUAUUUCAUCUCACUGAGAAGCAUUUUAGUGCACUUUAUUAAACCUAAUAUAUUUACACUUUAAAGUGGUUUAAUGCAGUAACUUUAAUCACACAGAAGCUACGCAGUCGGAUUUCAAAUGGCUGCUUUAAGCUAAAUAAAAGAGGAGAAUCGAUUUCAGUUCCGCAGCAGCAAACUUGUAUUUCUGAGUGGAUGGUUCAUUUUUUUUUUAUUAAAGUGAGGUUCUGUUUGAAGGUUUUCCACAGUCAAUAUCUUACCUGCCUUCUGUAUAAAUCCAGAUUAGUCGGUCCUGGAGGCUGAAGCCAUCAUAUAGUCCAGUCAAACUUCUCUCAUCUUGAAACAACUCUAAAAAAACAUGAUCAUCGUUUUAUUAACGGUACACCGUCAUAAUGAUUGUAUUCACCAUCAAUAUUUGCACUGGUUUGGAGGCAGUGUGUCUCCAGUUAUGUUUAUGUGGGAAACGCAUACCGAGGACAGCAUUCACCAUAAAGUAGCAUAACAAAAAGAUCAUCAUCUAUAAACUAUUAUAUUUUUUUCUGUAUUUAUUUAGAAAUGUCUUGAUAUGUUCUGCUGUUCCUUUGAUUGUGGUAAACAUACAUUUUGCAUAAAUUAAUGUGCAAUGUAAACAUGAUGUUUUAAAGGCUAAACUAAAGUUAUUUUAAACGGUUCCCCUUUGGCUGUUAGCUUUAGCCACUUGGACUAGUCGGUCUUUAUUUAUACAAAAUAAAGAGACAAAGUUAUCUAUCGCAGGUAUGGUAUCAACUGGAUCAAAACUUUUUUUACAGAACUUCACUUGAACAAUUUAGAACCAUCCUUAUUAAAGGAGAUGAUAAAGGGAGUUUCAUCAGCCUGAAGUGGUUUCCUUCUCUCCUUUAGCUCCUUCUGAAGUGAAAUGAAAGAAGAAUUCAGUGUCUGCAUCCUGUAGAAUCUCUGCGUUUCACCGCUGCUGAAAUCUUUGCAACCUUCCAUUGAAACUGAGGGACGCUCAGUUUCACAUCCGCUGUUAAAAGAAGUGCUGUGUUAUAGAGUAGCUGUAGAUUUGUGGUCUCCCUUUAGACCAGGCCUGAAAACAAAUCAAAAACACAACAUAGAAGAGCUCCUAUUUUCAAGCUCAGUUGUUUUAAACUCUGCUGUCCUCAAAGCGUCUGCUUGAUCCAUUUUAGAGAAUAUCACAUAAGAUCAACCUAUUGUGUAUUCUGUAUAUAUAGCGUGUAGAUUAAUUGCUGUGUUUUUCAUCCUUCUGUACAAACUGCUUAAAUGAUAUAUUUGUGUACAAGAUAGACCAAUAAUGCAACAUUCAUCAAGACGUUACAGAUUAGUUUCAUCUUAUCAGUCAGCAUGAGAUCAACAAAAUGUCAAACCGUACAAUAA